CGGAAGCGGUGUAGACUCCGAACGCGCGCGCUGCGGUAUGGCUGCCCACCGGCCCGGCCCGCUCAAGCAGCAGAAUAAGGCUCACAAAGGCGGGCGGCAUCGGGGUCGGGGAUCUGCACAGCGGGACGGCAAGGGUAAGAAGGCCGUCUAGCACUGAAAACCCUAAGCAAGAAAGUGAGAAAAGAACUCAGCAGAGUCGACCAGAGGCAUCGCGCCAGCCAGCUCCGAAAGCAGAAGAAGGAGGCGGUUCUGGCAGAGAAGAGACAGUUGGGUAGCAAGAAUGGCCCUCCUCAUCAGGUACUGGUGGUGCCCCUGCACAACAGAAUUUCCCUGCCAGAGGCCAUUCAGCUGCUUCAGGAUAUGGACACUGGAAGAGUACACUUGAAUGAAUUGGGAAACACCCACAGCUUUAUGCUGCUAUGCCCCCACCUGAAACAUCGGUGGUUUUUCACAUCAGCAAGGCCAGGAGAUCUACACACUGUGUUAGACAUGGCUAAAGUAGCUGAUACCGUCCUGUUCUUACUUGAUCCACUUGAAGGCUGGGACAGCACCGGCGAUUACUGUCUUUCCUGCCUCUUUGCCCAGGGGCUUCCCACCUAUACGCUAGCUGUCCAGGGGAUUUCUGGCCUCCCACUGAAGAACCAAAUAGAUGCCAGGAAGAAGCUAAGUAAAGCAGUGGAGAAGCGCUUUCCAGAUAACAAACUCCUCUUGUUAGACACUCAGCAGGAGGCAGGGAUGCUGCUUAGGCAGUUGGCUAACCAGAAGCAACAGCAUCUUGCUUUUCGGGACCGGCGAGCCUACCUGUUUGCCCAUGCUGUUGAUUUUGUUCCUAGUGAAGAGAAUAACUUGGUGGGCAACUUGAAAAUUUCAGGCUAUGUUCGAGGGCAGACUCUGAAUGUAAACAGUUUGCUACAUAUCGUUGGACAUGGCGAUUUCCAGAUGAAACAGAUAGAUGCCCCUGUGGACCCUUUCCCUUUAAAUCCUAGAGUAAUUAAAUCCCAGAAGGACCCAGACAUGGCAAUGGAGAUUUGUGCUACGGAUACUGUAGAUGAUAUGGAAGAAGACCUUAAGGUCCUAAUGAAGGCAGACCCUGAUAGACAGGAAUCCUUGCAAACAGAGGUUAUCCCAGAUCCAAUGGAGGGGGAGCAAACCUGGCCCACUGAGGAGGAGAUGAGUGAGGCAAAGGAUUUCUUGAAGGAAAGUUCUAAGGUGGUAAAGAAGGUCCCCAAAGGAACAUCCAGUUACCAAGCUGAAUGGAUUUUGGAUAGUGGCAGCCAAAGUGAUGGGGAAGGAGAUGAAUAUGAUGAUAUGGAACAUGAGGAUUUUAUGGAAGAAGAAUCUCAGGAUGAGAGUAGUGAAGAAGAAGAGGAAGAAUAUGAAACUAUGACUAUAGGGGAGUCUGUGCAUGAUGAUCUGUAUGAUAAGAAAGUAGAUGAAGAAGCUGAGGCAAAAAAGUUGGAGAAAUAUAAACAAGAAAGACUGGAAGAGAUGUUUCCGGAUGAGGUGGACACCCCCCGUGAUGUGGCUGCUAGAAUUCGAUUUCAGAAAUACAGAGGCCUCAAGAGCUUCCGGACAUCUCCAUGGGAUCCUAAGGAAAACCUUCCUCAAGAGUAUGCUCGGAUAUUUCAGUUUCAGAACUUUACUAAUAGCAGGAAAAGCAUCUUUAAGGAGAUUGAAGAAAAAGAGGUUGAAGGAGCUGAGGUUGGCUGGUAUGUCACAAUUCAUGUCUCUGAAGUUCCUGUCUCAGUGGUCGAGCAUUUCAGGCAAGGAGCACCCUUGAUUGUAUUUUCUUUACUACCUCAUGAACAGAAGAUGUCAGUAUUGAAUAUGGUGGUGAGGCGUGACCCUGGCAACACUGAACCUGUGAAAGCCAAGGAAGAACUCAUAUUCCAUUGUGGAUUCAGGCGCUUCCGAGCCUCACCUUUAUUUUCUCAGCACACUGCAGCGGACAAACAUAAAUUUCAGAGAUUCCUGACUGCUGACAUGGCCCUGGUGGUGACAGUAUAUGCACCAAUCACUUUUCCUCCUGCAUCUGUGCUGCUUUUCAAGCAGAAAAGCAAUGGAAUGCACAGCCUCAUUGCUACGGGCCAUCUUAUGUCAGUGGAUCCAGACAGAAUAGUCAUCAAGAGAGUUGUUCUGAGUGGUCAUCCUUUCAAAAUUUUUACUAAGAUGGCAGUAGUACGUUACAUGUUCUUCAAUAGAGAGGAUGUGCUGUGGUUUAAACCCGUGGAACUGAGAACAAAGUGGGGCCGUAGAGGACAUAUCAAGGAGCCUUUAGGUACCCAUGGCCACAUGAAAUGCAGCUUUGAUGGGAAGCUAAAAUCUCAAGACACAGUACUGAUGAACCUCUAUAAACGAGUAUUCCCCAAAUGGACUUAUGAUCCAUAUGUACCAGAACCAGUACCCUGGGUGAAAAGUGGUAUUUCUUCAGCAGUGCCUCAAGGAGGAAUGGAGUAACGGAUUCAAAGAGAUUUUGUCUUACUGGUGCCCAUCAGCACUCCAGGGAUGGGAGGCAUAGUGAUGGGGUAAAGUUUAUUUUCUACAUCAGCCUGUCAGUCCACUACCCCAUUUUGCAAGACUUUUUUUGGCCUUGACAAAAUGUCUCGGUUAAAUAUGGAAGUUUUUCUACUACUUAGUCCAAAAAACUAUAUUAAAUCUUACUGAAAUA